GUGUAUCAAGUUGGCCAGACAUUUUCGGCGACUAUAAAUAGGCAGAUUGGCUGUGGAGAAGGUACUAGUGUUCUCACAACUUCGGUCCCAGCAACAUGAAAUUCUUCGCUAUCCUCUCGCUCGCCCUUCUGGCUGUGGCCUCCGCCGAUGUCAGCCACCUGACCAACACCUACCUGCCUCCCCACUCGGGCGCUGCAUCCACCAGCUACGAGUCCUACCAGGCUGCUCCAGUCGAGGCCGCCGCCUCCGAGACCUAUGUCGCUCCCGCCGCCGCUGCCUCCACCUACGAGAGCGAGUCCUACUCCGCCCCAGCUGCCUCCUUCACCAGCGAAUCCUAUGCCGCUCCAGCUGCCGUCGAGGCCGCCGUUGAGACCGCCGCUGAGGAGACCUACGAGCAGCCCGCUGCCAGCUAUGUGGCUCCAGUGGUGACCAAGACCACCUACUCCGCCCCAGCUGUCUCCUCGUACUCCUCCUACUCCGCUCCCGCUGUGGUGGCCAAGGCCUACACCGCUCCCGCUGUUGUGAAGACCUACUCGGCUCCUGCUGUGUCCACCUACUCUGCUCCUGCCGUGUCCGGAUACUCUCAGACCUACACCGCUCCCGCUGUGGUCAAGACCUACUCCGCCCCAGCUGUCUCCAGCUACACCGCUCCCGCUGUGGUCAAGACCUACUCCGCCCCAGCUGUGUCCACCUACACCGCCCCCGUGGUGACCAAGACCUACACCGCUCCCGUUGUGGCCAAAACCUACACCGCUCCUGCUGUGUCCACCUACACCGCCCCCGUGGUGACCAAGGCCUACACUGCUCCUGUGGUGACCAAGACCUACACCGCCCCAGCCGUGGUUAAGACCUACUCCGCCCCAGCUGUGUCCACCUACACCGCUCCAGCUGUAUCCACCUACACCGCUCCCGCUGUGUCCACCUACACCGCCCCAGUGGUGACCAAGACCUACUCCGCUCCGGCUGUGUCCAGCUACUCGGCUCCCGCUGUGGUCAGCAGCUACUCCGGAUCCUCCGGCACCGUGUACGGCUCCAAUGGCGGAUACGUCUACUAAAGACUGCAUCCCGAAACGAAGCUAAUUAUACGACGAAAACCUUUUUUUUUCUUACAAUAAAUCGAAUAUGCUUAAAACA